UCUGUUGCACCAUGACGUGGAAAGUAAGUGUAUGUGUGUUGUGUGGUGUGAACGAGUCAGUCAAUGCAGUCAACAUUAACAAACCCCACACUGUCUCUACUAGUCUUCGUCGUCCUCGUCCUCGGGCUUUCCUAGUCCUUGCCGCGACGAAAUCAAGCACAUGCCGCUCACAGAAUCAGUCUUGCAGACUUGCACUCCAGUACUCUUCUGGGAAUUUGGCGUGAAAUCCACCGAGCGACGCCGACGCAACCCCAACGUCUACAGAGAAAUCUCAACGCGCAGCCGCGCAGCGCAGGCGCAAUUUCUCAGUACAUCACCACGCCGACUGGUAGUGAAGACACGGCGAGUGAUCUCGAUCGACUGGACAGUCUGGACUGCGAAGAACGCUUGCACUUGUGUGCAGCGACGCGCGAAUUUCCAGGGAUUUGUUGCUGCCACCUACCGGCCGGAGUCCAUGGAGACAGCACUACUAGUCUACUACUACCACCGUACUAUGAAGUAAGCAGAUUAGUACUCUGCAGUCGCCGCCGUCCCCGAUAGGGACAAAAUGGCGGGGACUCCUGUCAGGUCAGGAAAUUUGCUUGAAAUCUUCCCGACGCGACGCAAACGCGGCAAGAAAUUUCCCAAAACGCGGGUGCGGUCACUAUUAAAUCACCACCAUUUGCUAGUGAAGUUCAAGAAAACAAACACAUCGCUAGCAACAAUUCGGAUUUAGACGCGUUAGGAGGGGGGAAUGGCCGCUGACGCUUACGCUGACGCCGCGCCGCCGCGGCGAGCUCCGGCGCCGGCGACUUCGACAGUGGCGAAGGAGGCGGAGUUCCUCUGGGAGCUUCGCAAGUAUGUUCUGCUGCUGGCCACGCUCGCCGCCACCGUCACCUACACGGCGGGGCUGGACCCGCCGGGCGGGUUCUGGACGGACAACGUGGGCGAGCUCCUCGCCGGCGACCCGGUGCUCCAGAAGACCUACCCUCGCCGCUACAAGGCCUUCUUCUACUGCAACGCCACCGCGUUCGUCGCCUCCCUCGUCAUCGUCAACCUCCUGCUCGUCCGCUUCCUGUGCCGCCGCCGGUGGUGGCUGCGCGCGCUCCAGGCCGCGAUGACACUCGACAUGUUCGGCCUCAUGGGGGCCUACGCCGCCGGCAGCAGCAGGGAGGCGGCCAUGUCCGCCUACAUCCUCGUUCUCGUCAUCUUGGUUUGCUCCUACGUCUCCGCCCAUGUCCUGCUCUACGGGCUGACGGCGCAGGUGAGCGCGCCGGACGCGCCGGAGCGGGUGGAGCGCGCGCGCAAGUACCUGCUCAUCUUCGCGACUCUGGCGGCGACCGUGGCGUACCAAGCCGGGCUGAGCACGCCGGGCGGGUUCUGGCUAGGCAGCCUGGACAACCAGCACCUCGCCGGCGACCCCAUGCUCCGCGGCAACCACCCGUACCGAUUCAUGGUGUUCUUCUACUUCAACACCACGGCGUUCGUCGCGUCGCUGGUCACCAUCAUGCUGCUCAUGAGCAGGACCGUGUCGCGCCACGGGUUCCGGUCGAGCGCGCUCUGGGUGUGCGUGGGCGCGGCCAUGGUCGGGCUCAUGGGCGCCUUCGCCGCCGGCAGCUGCCGCAGCUUCAAGACGUCCAUCUACGUCAUCGCGUUGGUGGGCGCCGUCCUGCUCUACAUUGCCAUCCAGGCCAUGGUGUUCUUCAGCGAGCCCGUGAAGGAUUGGCUCCACCGCGCCGGAGAGACGCUGCAGAAGUGCUUGAAAUUGGAUGAACUGGAGCAGCGAAAUCAGCAGCAGAUCACACUAUCCAACCAAGGCAAUGGCGACGCCUACCUUCUUCUCAAGAAAUCUCGCAUGUACUUGCUCCUGCUUGGGAUUCUCGCGGCGAGCGUCACAUACCAAGCAGGACUGAACCCACCGGGAGGCUUCUGGCAAAGCGAUGGCACCGACGGUUACCGCCAUUACCUCGCCGGCGAUCCGGUUCUUCACAUCACGUAUCACCGGCGAUACAUGGUGUUCUUCUACUCCAACGCCACCGCCUUCAUCGCGUCGCUGGUCAUCCUCAUCCUCCUCUUGAGCAACAUGAUUAGCACGCAGGGGAUCAAGUACUGUGCGCUGCAGGUCGCCAUGAUUCUGAACUUGUUUGGCCUGAUCGGAGCUUACGCCGCUGGCAGCUGCAGGCAGGCGUCCAAAUCCGUGUACGUCUCGGUUCUUGUUCUGCCGGUGUUCCUAUAUGUAGGUAUCCAUGUCUUGGUGUUCAUGCUCGAGGUAUCUCCGACAUGGGCGACAUGGCGAGGACGGGUGAGGGAGAAGCUGAAGCAACGUAUGCCUGAAUGGCUCAAGAAUCUGCUUGAGUUGGAGAAGCAUGUCGAGGAGGAAGAGGAGGAGUGGAAGCUGGAGAAGAGGCGAAAGCUCCUGCUCCUCGUCGCGAUUCUUGCAGCAAGCCUCACCUACGAAGCAGGCAUGAACCCACCGGGCGGGUUCUGGCAGGAGGGCAAGUCCGGCCAUGUCGGCGACCCGGUGCUCAACAACGACAACUACCGGCACCGCUACCUGGCGUUCUUCUUCUGCAACACGACGGCGUUCGUCGCGUCCUUGGCCAUCAUCAUGCUGCUGGUGAACCGGAAGCUCUCGGCGAGAGGAAUCCGGUCGUACGCGCUGCGGGUGUGCGUGAUUCUUGUCCUCGUCGGGCUCAUGGGCGCCUUCGCCGCCGGCAGCUGCAGGAAGGUGAAGACGUCCGUCUACGUCUUCGUCUUGGUCCUCGCCGUUCUGCUCUGCAUCGCGUUCCAGGUCGCACUGGUCGUGUCGGGGUCGCUGCGACGUCUCGUCAACAGCCUCCUCUCCAAGCUAGGGGCGCCGCUUGAGGAGGACGCCGGUGAGCGGCUGCCGCACACGGCCGCCGACGAGCCUCGCGAUCUCUGGGACGAGAAGCUCCCCAAAUACUUGCUGCUCCUCGCUGCGCUCGCGGCGGCCGUCACCUACCAAGCCGCGAUGAGCCCGCCCGGUGGCCUCUGGGAUGACGGCCAAACCGAGCACAUCGUUGGUGACCCUGUCCUCCUGACCAACUAUGCACGUCGCUACAAGGCCUUCUUCUACUGCAACGCGACGUCGUUCAUGGCGUCGCUGGUGAUAAUGGUGUUGCUGCUGAUCAAGAGGGUGAGCAACACCCAGCCGGCGCUCCUGGCGCUGCACGCCGCCAUGAUACUGGACCUGUUCGGCCUCAUGGGCGCGUACGCCGCCGAGAGCUGCAGGAGGGUGACGACGUCGGCUUACAUCUUGGCACUGCUCGUCGGGGUUUCGGCGUACAUCGUUGUUCUUGUGGUGGUGUCCAUUGGUGUGGCGAGAUGGAUGAAGAAGGUGAUGGACAAGGUGGGGGAGAAGCUCACACACUGCUUCUCCUUCGAAGAUUUGUAGAGCCUAAGCCUGACUCCAUGGCCCCUGAUAUGGGGCAUCUUCCAUUCUUCCCAGAUGGAUGGUGAUCCUCUCUGUACAGUCACAACUCUGCCUGCAGAGAGAGGGGUUUUUCCUAGGAUUUGUAGGAAUUUCUAGUUUAGUUGUUUUCUUUUCUGUACAUUGUUGUUUGUUUUUGAAUUGUUGACAGCUUCCAGUUGCAAUGUAUGGAACCUUUUGUACUCA